UCUUGUUAGCUCCACCAUAUUCACAUUUGGGUGAGUUAACAUCUCUGCUUUCAUCUGUUAUCGUAUGUGAUAAGGAGUAUUUGCUGGCGAUAUCUUAUUUACGUUUUCUAAAUUUGUCCUAAAGCUUAACACUUGAUGUGUGUGAGGCUGUGGAGUCCCAUACUUAUUUCUACUCCCUGAUCCCCCACCUUUCUCCUUUCUUCCUCUAAGGUUUAUUUAUAUUCGCAUAUUAGAAAGUCACAGUUAUUUAUAGUAUAUACCAUGUUGCUGAAUCUUUAUUCCCUUGGCUUCAUUUUAUUCUGCUCAAAUUGUACAGCGUUUUUUCUUUGAAAGUGUAUGAAUGUGCUUUUUAGUGGUUUCAGGUUCUAUGUCAUUUGAUUUGGUUUUAACCUGUUCUUGUAAUGCUGCAUUCUGAUUUUGCUAGAUCUCCAUACUGGUACUCCAAGAUAGAUAUCUAAGCCUAUUCUUUGGUUGUUUCCGCCCCUUAAAAAAGGAAAAAAGAAACUCAAAAGGGAAGCUGUUGUUAUUUCUAUCAAAUUGAAAUCAUUCCUGCCACUUAUGUUAUUGUGAACACAGCCAGAAGAUUCUGGAAGAAACUAAAGUAAAAGAACCUACUUUCAUAGGGUACUUGUGUUGGUUUGGGUCAAUAAAAACCUUGUUCUUCAUGAGUUAGACUACAGAAAGUUGAUGAAAUCGAGGAUAUGUUAUAUCCUUUAGAUCGAUGAAGAAUUUAAUGGCGGUGCUCAUUUUUGAGUGUAUAAUGUGUCUGGUAAAAUAUCCUUAGAGAAUUGUUAUAUGUUAAAAUAUAUUAUUUAACUAUUUCUGGUUAAUUUUUCGUAGCGGUCUUUUACUAUUCUUCAUUUAUCUUUAGAAGUUUAGCAUUUAAAAUUUCUCCAUUUGAUUAACGCUAACAAGCCAUGAAGCUGAGAUGAAUAUGCUUCUAUUCUGAUGCCUUCAUUGUUGUUUCCUUUCCAUUUUAAUAUCAUCACUUAUAAUAUGUCUAACCAUGAAGAACCUUCUGAAUAGUGAAAGAGCAAGGGGUUUAAUUACACUUCUUGGAUUUGAGGAAGAUUUUACUGUGAUUGGUCCAAAGGGCGGGUCACAGACGGAUUUCUCGGUUACAAAAAAAAAGAAGCAAUCUUUUUCAGUUGAUUGUUAUUGAUCUCUUGGUUCAGACUGAUUUGAUACUGAUGAAGCUCCUCUCCUUUUCAAAAGACACUAGCUUAUAAUGAAAAAACACACAAUUGGCUAGAUAUUGCCUCAGGGAAGAGAGUUCGAAUUGCUUCUCAGUUUAUCAAACAUUACUUGUUGCUUCCAGAAUCCAGACGCUGAUGAACUUCUUUUGCAGUUUUCCUGUUUUGAGUCUAUUUAAUGGAAACAUUCGCGCCACUUGAGGUUCUGCCAGUUGCGCUGACGGCUGACGUUAUUCGAUCUAAAAGAAAAUGAGCACUAAUAAGACAUGCAAUAGCUCCUUCUGGACUAGGGAGGAGGAUAAAAUCUUUGAGAAUACCCUAGCGAUCUACUUUAACAAUAACAAUCUAUUGAGGAUGAUGGAAGAAGCACUUCCUCAAAAAUCACUUCAGGACAUCAAGGAUCACUAUAAUAUACUCUUAGAAGAUAUCAAUGCCAUCGAUUCUGGAUGUGUUCCAUUACAUAAUUAUCCGGAAAUGCAAAGCAAUGCCAACCAAAAUUUGAAAGCAGACGCCAAAUGGCGAAGAGGGACUCCUUGGACAGAAGAGGAACACAGGUCAUUUCUCCGGGGCCUAGAAAUAUAUGGAAGAGGUGACUGGAGAAGUAUAUCUAGGCACUGUGUGAUUACAAGAACAGGAAUACAGGUGGCUAGCCAUGCACAGAAAUUUUUCAAGCGCCUCGAAGCCGCCAACAAAGGGGAGAGAAGAGCAAGCAUUCUUGAUAUUACUAGUGCAGAUGCUGAAGGUGCUGGAACUUCCCAAGUUCCAAAAACAGUGGAUAUGAUUGGGCCAGCUUGUGAAGGAUCACAAGUAGUGCCAAACAUGUCGCCUCAAGAAAGUACCAAUGCUGAGCAGCAGAUGACAACAGUUGCUGAAGACAUUGAUGACCUAAUGACGGAGCUGGAGGACGCUACUGCUGCUAGCUGUGGAACUUACAGUCAUCCCAUCACUAGAAUUGGGAGUGAACUAGAAGCAUUACUCGCUGAGCCCAUGGAUGUAGACAACACUAUUAGUUCCAUUUUUGAUGAUGAGAAAACACCAGCUUCCCGUUAUGCAGCUGUAGAGGCGGCUCCUCCUUAUUUACCUCCCUUCACCCCCUCAUCUAACACCACUGUUGAUGAUGAAGGCAUUUUUGAUACCGAUGACCUGUUCAUAGAUCAAAUGUUCUGAUUUGGUGGCGGGGAAGCUGUUUAUGUUGAUAUUAGUUGGUCACAACCAGAUGACUAUUGACCUUGAUACUGCACCUGUUUUUUUGAAGACUUGUUCCAUUAUACUAGACGAUAUUGCUCUUCUUUAUUUACUCUUAAUCUGCUGUACAGAGCAGGAUUAUGUCUAUCUUCAAAGGUUGAUUUUGGUUGAAUUUUUCAAUUAAAAAACUUCAGCAAUUCGAGUUCUUGCAA